CAAGAUGAAGCGAAUUGAUGAAGCGAAUUGAUGAAGCAAAAGCAAGGUGAGCGAAUUGGAGUUCAGAAACUGUCAGGAGACAAGAAACAUCAGACAGUGGAGGCCUCAUAGAAAAUUUGCUUUGGAAAUCAACUACUGAUCGGAAUAGUGAGUGCACGAAUGCUUGUAUGCAGCCACUAGUUGGGGUUUGUGGCAAGGUUGUAGCAAGAUCAGGUUCUCUUGGGCUGAAUGAUCGUAAAAAGCCAAUAACUGGAGUUACAUUGAGGGAGAGCCUUCCACACCCCUCUAAACUUAAGAAAAAGAGACGGAAACAAUCCAAACAUCAACCAAGUGUGCGUCAAAGUCAGCAAGGUUUUGAUGUGAUGGCUCAUGUGGCUCAUCUAAGACGAAAACAAGCAGAGUUUAACUGGCUUCCUUCCUAUGAAAAAGAUGACAUAUCAUCUUCAAGUGACUUAGUAGAGGAAGAGUCAUUUCCACCAGGUAGUACUGGACCCCAAUGUGUCCCCAGCACUCCAACCCUGCUGUCAAGUGAAUCAUUUGAGUUACACCGACCUCCAACAUCACUCAAUACCAAAGGGAGAGCUAAUAUGGAUCUUUUUAAUGCUUACUAUCAGGUACCUACUGGGCAAUCUUCUAUACCCUCAUAUGCAGUUGCCAGGCGCGAAAGAGCAGUGGUGCAACUUCAGGAAGAGGAAUUGCAUGAAAGCCCCUAUGAUACCAGACUCAUAGAGGUGCCCAACACUGACAGUUUUUCUCCAGCAAUGGAACAAAAAAGUUUGACAGCUUGGCUUAAUCCUCAAAGUUCUAAAUUAAAACGGUUUCAUCCAAUUAUCUCAGAACCUCCCAAAGAGGAAUAAGAGAACAUUUUUGAUAUAAUCAAUUGCUGUUGCAUAUGAUUUUGUACCUUUGUAAAUUUAUAUACUGUUCAUUUUGAAAAUAAACUAGUCUAUAUGGCGGAUUCUUUCAGUUUUUCCUUCAGUAG